AUGAAGGAGAAGCUGCAGAAUGCGAGCCGCGAGGAGCUGAUGCAGCAUGUUCUCACACAACGCCUGCUCAUACGCCACUUGCACCGGCGUAUCGUCGAUCUGGAAGAGGCGCUUGGCGUUUUCCACGCACCAGGCUCUCGUGGGGCAUCAGCCUUCGCACCAACACCACCAGAAGCAACGCCGUUGCCUUAUCGAUCCCCCGCGCCUCCGCCGGCGCGAGCCUCGCCGGAGGGACUUUUGGAGAUUGACCGCCUCUUGAAAGCGCAUGCGGCGGGCGAAGUGCGUCUUCGUCCUGAAAUUGUAUCGGAACUCCUGUACAUCGUACGGGAGCUGAAGGAUGCGGGCGCCAGUGAAAACAGCGUUUGCUCCUCUGGAACGUUUGUCGCCCACACGACGCCACCCCGUGGCUUGUCGAAUUCAACGAGAGCUCCGGCGGCCUCAGCUGGUCUCGCAGGUGGGGAGACUGCGUUCACCACACCACUGCAACGUGCUGAAUGUAGUACACCUCGGCGGUGCACGCCGCCGGCCUCUCUGGUCAAACGGACGCAGGCGCGAUUGGAGUUGCAGGAUUGA